CGGGGGCUCCUAGCGGAGGGCUCUGUCUCGCUGCGCUCGUGCUCAGUAUUAUUGGAUCAGUAGCAUGGGUCAAUUUGGAUCUAACAAAAACACCAAAUGAGUGACUUCCUCCACGAUUACCUACAUCCAGAAACCCAAUGGAUUAGCUCCUCUGACCUUGUUUCCCUUCCCAUCACCCUUGCCGCCCUUGCCAGCUAACGGGGGAGUCUUGCAUCGUCCUCUGUAGUCAGGUUUGACAACAAGACAUUUAUCGCAGCCGCAGAGGAACUCAAGAUGGUUUCCGACCGUCUGGCUAGGCUUAUCGCAUAGACAGAUGAACAGAGCAUUGUCUAUGCUGCUGGCUGGUGAUUCGCCGUCGCAUUUCACAUUGGGCGUGCUGCAGUAUGCCUGUGAAAGUUGAUCCUCAUUCCACGGGUUGUCUGGAGUUGUUAGUCUUGGUCUCUACAGGGUGGUAGACGUACCCAUGUUCUUGAGGACUGAGGAGCAGUAAGUGUAGCCGCAUUCGCAGAUCGGUCCCUCGGGAGGAGGAGGUUCAGCAGUUGAACUUGGGGGUGGAGGAGGGGGACUUGGGUCCGGAGGAGGUGCUGGGGCCGGAGUAGCUGGGGGGGGAACAGGAGCUGGUCCAGAGGGAGGAGGUGCAGGCUGAGACGGAGGCGGCGGUGGCGGAGGUGGAGGAGGGGGUUGAGACGGUUCGGCAGGAGGAUCAGCCGGGGGAUCAGCCGGAGGAGGGACGGGAGGAGCUGGAGGUGCCGGAGCUGGGGGGUCAGGAGGAGGAGCAGGCGGCUCAGAGGUUGAAGGAGGAGUUGGAGCAGGGUCAGGGGGAGCUGGGGCUGGAUCAGGAGGAGCCUGAGGCUUUGCAAAGGCCAGGACGGCCAGAGUAAGGAUGGUAAGUUGAAACUUCAUGUUAACGAGUGUUGAUGAUGAUGAUGUGAACUGAUUGCUGUCUCUUCUUAUAUACUUCACGGCUACUGUUUGUUACAGUCACCUUGUUCUACUCACUAUCCAUCCUUUCAUCUGUCUGCUUGUCUACCUCUCCGACUGUUUCUUCGUAUCUGCCUGUCUUGGUGUCCUCUGUCUCUCGUCUCGUCAAUAUCCGAUGCGCACAUGUCAAAGCGAUACUCAAGCCGGCACUCGCCCGUUACUCAUGUAGCCCAUGCCUUAUAGCCCAUGUGUGUCCAUUCAUGGUAGCAAGGUUAUUUUACGGUUAUCCAGAACACAACUCGGUCAUAUAACCGGGUCUGUCGAGGUGAGAUCACGAUCAACACCCACAUUUACAUCAUGAAGUUUCCCCUGCUACAGUGUUAUACCCCGCACUGUACUGCCCCACCAUCGUUGGAGGAAAACAGCCUGCCCCUCCAUGGUACGAGUCGUCAUCCUACACUCGUCAAUCAACAAUCAUGGCCGAAUCUCAGAGAAAAGCCGUCGUAAACGUCGGCACGCGAAAGUCCCCCCUCGCGCUCGCCCAGACCCAGAUCGUCGUCGACGCGCUCAAGAAGAACUUUCCCGAUCAUGAAUUCAACAUCCACAGCAUGACAACCACCGGCGACCGCGAUCAAAACACUGCGCUCUACAAUUUCGGCGGAAAGGGCCUCUGGACUUCGCAGCUCGAGGAGAAGCUCGUCAACAAGGAGCUCGACAUUGUUGUUCAUUCACUCAAAGACAUGCCGACGGUUCUCCCCGAGGGUUGCGUUCUCGGAUGUGUCACGUCCCGCGAGGACCCGAGAGAUACACUCGUGAUCAAGAAGGAAUUGCAGGACAAGCACGGGUGGAAGACGCUCGCCGAUCUGCCGGACGGUAGCAUCAUCGGUACCAGCAGCGUUCGGCGAAUUGCCCAGUUGAUCCGACGUUACCCGACACUCAAGUUCAAGGAUCACCGAGGAAACAUCCAGACUCGUCUACGCAAGCUCGAGGAGGACCCCGACCUGACCGGCAUCAUUCUCGCCGCGGCAGGUCUCCAGCGGAUGGAUCUGGGAGACCACAUCACACAGUUUCUAGAGUCUGACAAUGGCGGUAUUCUUCAUGCUGUCGGUCAGGGAGCGCUGGGAGUCGAGUGCCGAGCGGAUGACGAGGAGGUGAUUCGGUUGCUCAAGACGAUCGAGAACGAGCAAACUGCUCUUGCGUGUGAGGCCGAGCGCGCACUCAUGAGGGCACUCGAGGGCGGCUGCAGUGUUCCUAUUGGCGUCGAGACCAAAUGGGUUGACGACAAGUUACAUAUGAAGGCUACAGUUGUCAACCUUCGGGGUGACCACGGUGUCGACUCAGACAUAACGGAACCCGUCAAGACACACGAAGAGGCAGACAAGUUUGGGAGGAAGCUUGCGAAUGCUCUGGUUGAACGGGGAGGCGGUAGUAUUCUUGAUGAGAUCACUAGGCUCCGACAAGUCCCGGAGACGGUCAAGUAGUCGGGGACUGUACGGCAGAUCAAAUACCCUUUGUAUUCUAUUCAGCUCCAGCAAAAGUCUUGUAGGCCUCGGCAUCCAAUAGUUUCUCAAAUUGCUUGGCACCCUCCUCAUCCACCUCGACCUUUGCGAUCCAGCCGCCACCAGCGCUGUCGUCCUCGGGGACCUUGUUGAUGGUUGAGGGCUUCUCCUCGAGGUUGUCGUUGACUUGUAGGACUCGUAGACGGACGGGAGCGUUGAUGUCGCUGGCAGACUUGACGGACUCGACGGCUCCGACAGCGUCGCCUUGCUCGACCCAUGUUCCGGCCUCGGGGAGUUCGACGUAGACUACAUCUCCGAGCUGCUCGGCGGCGUACUCUGAAAUUCCAACGAAACCGUGCUUCUUGUCGGCGGACAGAUCAAUCCAUUCGUGGUCUUUGGUGUAUUUUCGAGCGAGGCCUGUUUUGUUAGUGUCGUCAUCGUAGCGAUCCAGGACACAUACUCAGUUUGGUGGAGGAAAAGGCUCGGAUUGGCGUGCGGAGGGCUGCGCGGGGCACAAUGCCCCUAGCCAGAGGGGCUGCAGCGCGUAGGGACCGAGAAAUUGAGGCCAUUGUGAUGAUGCGGAUGGUGAUAUCAGAGUUCAAGCUUUGUCGGUAUCAUGCGGAGAUGGGCCGAGUGGAUCGGAGGGAAGCCGACUUAGUCAGCAUCAUGAAGUUGGCGGCAUCACAGUCUAUCUACUCUACAGUAAUUGACCUCUAUGCCAUGGAAUGUGAUUGCAAUUAAGAUAAGACUGCCGUUAAGCAAGACAUGAGAAACAUUGGUCCAAUCGGAGAUAUCAACGUGGGGGUUCUGGGAACAUUGUUUAUUUGGUGUUUAGUGCCAGCUGUCUUGCAUACUGUCAGAUACUACCAUAUUCUACAAUAACACGGUUGCUAUUUACAUUACAAAUA